CUGCCGGAUCGCUGGACCGAUCCUAUAAAGGGAGCUUGGCCGGGCGCGCGCUCCACUUGGCUGAGGGCGCCUCCGCGGGCCGUGCCGUGCGCCUGCGCAGUGUGGGCCGCUCCCCGCCCCCUGCCCCACUGCUGCCGCCUGCUGCCCUAGCCAGCCGGCCGUCCAGGCCCCGCCUCGGCUCCGUGCCCUCGCCCAGCUCUCAGCCGCCGUUCUGCCCCGCAGCAGCCAGUCCCGUCUCCAACAGCAUGUUCAGCUGGGUCAGCAAGGAUGCCCGCCGCAAGAAGGAGCCGGAGCUCUUCCAGACGGUGGCCGAGGGGCUGCGGCAGCUGUACGCGCAGAAGCUGCUGCCCCUGGAGGAGUACUACCGCUUCCACGAGUUCCACUCGCCCGCGCUGGAGGACGCUGACUUCGACAACAAGCCAAUGGUGCUCCUCGUGGGCCAGUACAGCACGGGCAAGACCACCUUCAUCCGGCACCUGAUCGAGCAGGACUUCCCGGGGAUGCGCAUCGGGCCCGAGCCCACCACCGAUUCCUUCAUCGCCGUCAUGCACGGCCCCACCGAGGGCGUGGUGCCCGGCAACGCGCUUGUCGUCGACCCGCGGCGCCCCUUCCGCAAGCUCAACGCCUUCGGCAACGCCUUCCUCAACAGGUUCAUGUGUGCCCAGCUGCCCAACCCGGUCCUGGACAGCAUCAGCAUCAUUGACACUCCUGGGAUCCUGUCCGGGGAGAAACAGCGCAUCAGCAGAGGUUACGACUUUGCGGCAGUCCUGGAGUGGUUUGCCGAGCGAGUGGACCGCAUCAUCCUGCUCUUUGACGCCCACAAGCUGGACAUCUCUGACGAGUUCUCGGAGGUCAUCAAGGCCCUCAAGAACCACGAGGACAAGAUCCGCGUGGUGCUGAACAAGGCUGACCAGAUCGAGACACAGCAGUUGAUGCGGGUGUACGGAGCCCUCAUGUGGUCCCUGGGGAAGAUCAUCAACACCCCCGAGGUGGUCAGGGUCUACAUCGGCUCCUUCUGGUCCCACCCGCUCCUCAUUCCCGACAACCGCAAGCUCUUUGAGGCCGAGGAGCAGGACCUCUUCAAAGACAUCCAGUCUCUGCCCCGAAACGCCGCCCUCAGGAAGCUCAAUGACCUGAUCAAGCGGGCACGGCUGGCCAAGGUCCAUGCCUACAUCAUCAGCUCCCUCAAGAAGGAGAUGCCCAACGUCUUUGGUAAGGAGAGCAAGAAGAAAGAGCUGGUGAACAACCUGGGAGAGAUCUACCAGAAGAUCGAACGAGAGCAUCAGAUCUCCCCUGGGGACUUCCCCAGCCUCCGCAAGAUGCAGGAACUCCUGCAGACCCAGGACUUCAGCAAGUUCCAGGCCUUGAAGCCCAAGCUGCUGGACACAGUGGACGACAUGCUGGCCAAUGACAUUGCCCGGCUGAUGGUGAUGGUGCGCCAGGAGGAGUCCCUGAUGCCCUCCCAGGCUGUGAAGGGCGGCGCCUUCGAUGGCACCAUGAACGGGCCCUUUGGGCACGGCUACGGUGAGGGGGCCGGCGAGGGCAUUGACGAUGUCGAGUGGGUGGUGGGCAAGGACAAGCCCACCUACGAUGAGAUCUUCUACACACUGUCCCCCGUCAACGGCAAGAUCACGGGUGCCAAUGCCAAGAAGGAGAUGGUGAAGUCCAAGCUGCCCAACACGGUGCUGGGGAAGAUCUGGAAGCUGGCUGAUGUGGACAAGGACGGGCUGCUGGACGACGAGGAGUUCGCCCUGGCCAACCACCUCAUCAAGGUCAAGCUCGAGGGCCACGAGCUGCCCGCUGACCUGCCCCCGCACCUGAUCCCGCCCUCCAAGCGGAGGCACGAGUGACUGAGUGACCGAGUGACCAGCCUUGCCCUGGCCACCUGCCACCUCCACACCACCCAGCAGGCAAAGGCCUGGGAGGCAGAGAUUGGGGGGAGGGGAAGGCUCACCAUUUCUCAAGGUCCAUAAAGACUGAGCGGAUGUUUCCUCGGCUCUUGAAAAGGAAAACCGCCAUCUUUCUUUUAAGGCUGUUCCUGGGCCCGGCAGGGGAGGCAGGGGUGAUACUCAGAUGCGAAUGAUGGAAUUUUGUGCACAAGAACUAUGGAUAUUUUUAAUAUAUAACGUUAGAGGCACGUUCUUUCUUGCCUCCUGCUCUGUCUGACAGCCUCCCCUCCACACACACAGCCUCUGUCCCCUCCUGACCUUCCCUCCGCUCUGGCUUUGGCCGGACGGCGCGUGCGGUGCCUGUGCCCACAAGGGAACUAGCUCGCCCCUUCUGGCAGCUGCCAGGCCAGGGCUGUGUGGACAGGAACGCCCAGCAGCCUCCAUCUGUUUCCAAGCUGAGGGUUACUUCAGGGGCAGUGGCUUCCUCCCUCGCCGGCUCUGCCUCCUCCUGCGCUCUCGAUGAAGUGGGUUCUUGUGCCUUCCCCCUCCUGGGCCCCCUGGGCCCGGCCCUGCUCCUCCCUCCCGGACCACCCGGACCAACACUGCACCCCAGCCUGGCAGUCACAGAAGCACGGCCCAGCCACCUUUGUCUUUCUGGGGGUGUUGAGGGGAGGAGUGAGAGAAGGUCUUCCAGAAAACUUCAUAAGCUAGUUUUUGUUCUGUAAAGUGACACCUUUCAUACUUGACUGAGUUUCCCAGCAACUUCCAGCCACUCAUUCAAAAGCUGUGAUUUUUGUCUCCCCUUCCCCACGUUCCAGCCUGGGGGCAGCUCCACCCAGAAACCAUUAGAUGCAGGGUCCUGGGGAGCAUGCCCCUCCUGGGGCCCCAGAGUUGUGUCCGGCUGAGCCUGUCCGCCUGGAAUGUUUCCCCCUCGUUGUACUGGAACUUUCUGAUGUGCCCCUCCCCUGCCUUCAGGUGGAUGGUGGGUCCUGACAACUGGUUUGGAGAGGGUGAGAGGAAGCCCAGGGCUCAGCCUGGGCCUAUGUCCAGACAGCAGGGGCUGAGGGAACCGCCUUGCCUUUUCAUCCCCUUCCUUUCCUGCCUUCCUCCCUGGCUGAGCAGAGGAGGGAAUGUGAUUUAGAUGUCCUUGGAACGACCGCCCCGGCUGAGCAAUAAGAAACUGGGGCUGGCGUGGUGGCCCGAGCCCCUCACUCUGCUUCACCUGGGGAACCGACGCACUCACCAGCCCCGGGAUGGCCAGUGGGUGGCUGCUGGCGUGCUGGCGCUGAGGCAGGUGUCCUGGCCCGUGUUGCGCGUCCAGGUUCCCCCAGGCCUGGCAGGGGUGGCGAACCCACAGCCUUCUGAUUUCAAGAU